AUGAUACGGGAAAUGUUUGACAGUCUCAAUAACAAUAUUCAUGUUUUGGGUGUAACAGAGAGUAAGUUAAAUUCAACGAUUUUGGAUGCUGAAGUUCGAAUUAAUGGCUAUGUAUGUAUACGACAUGAUCGCACUUCAGGAGCAGGAGGCGGGGUGAUAGCAUUCGUUCGUGAUGACAUUAAUUUUCAACGACGAACAGAUCUUGAAAAUCAGUCGAUAGAAGCAGUUUGGCUUGAACUAUUUGUAAAAUACUCAAAGUCAAUCCUUGUCUGUUUUACAUAUCGACCUCCAAACUCAUCAGAGCAUCUAAAUAAGAAUUUUAAUGAGGCAUUUAACGAAAUGGUAAUGACCGCCUUACAAGAGAACAAAGAGAUUAUUCUCUUAGGUGAUUUAAAUUGUGAUUACUCUAAACCAACGGACAAUAGUCGCCUGAAAGAUAUUAUAAAGAUAAACGGUCUCAAACAAAUGAUAACACAACCGACUAGGACUACGAUGACAACAAGCUCAUUAAUUGAUAUUGUAUUAACAACACAUGUCAGGAACAUUCUCCAAUCUUUUGUUUGUAAUAGUGGUCUUAGUGACCAUGAUCUAAUCGGGUUAAUAAGGAAAAUGAACUGUACUAAAUAUGCACCAAGGAAAUUAUUUGCCCGCAAUUACAAACAAUAUUCCGCUACCUCGUUUAAAAAUGAACUUCGAAGCCAGAAUUGGGAUAACGUGACAAGAAAUAAUGAUUUUAAUACUGCAUGGGAUGGAUUUAAAACCAUCAUUACAAAUAUAAUCAAUAAACAUGCUCCACUAGUCGAAAGAACUGUUCGUGGUAAAGAUUGCCCAUGGCUCACCAGGGAAAUCAAACAAAAGAUGUAUGAACGUGACUACCAGCUUCGAAAGGCAAAACGAACAAAAAAUCCUGAGGACUGGAGUCAUUACCGAAGAUUAAGGAAUCUAACAACCUAUGCAAUACGUAAGGGAAAAGCUAAUUAUGAGAGAUCCGUUUUCAACGAAAAUGAAUUAAACCCUAAGAAUUUCUGGAAACAAAUCAAGAAAUGUUAUCCAAUCAAGAAUAAAUCAACAUCAAGUACUUCGUUUAAAGUAGAAAACGAAGUAAUAACGGACAAAAGCAAAAUAUCGAAUGCCUUUUGUGACUUUUUCAGCAACAUACCUUCGCUGAUGAAAACCACAACGUGUAAUUUCAUGAAUUCUGCAUGGCAGUAUAAUGAUAUGGAUGGAUUAUCAAGAAAAAUAAACCCAAGGGACUAUGAAUUUUACUUUACAGAAGUUCGUUACCAGGAAGUGCUUAGAAUCCUAGAAUCCCUAAACCCGUACAAACCUGCUGGUGUUGAUAAUAUUCCACCCAAAAUUGUCAAGGAUGCAGCCACGGAGAUUGCGAAACCGCUAGUAAUCUUGGCAAAUCGUAGUCUCCAAUGUGGUCAGUUCCCCAGUGCCGAAAAGGUUGCGAGAAUAACCCCAGUUUAUAAAUCUGGCGAGAAAACUCUGCUUGAUAACUACCGACCUAUAUCCACACUGCCGGUGUUUUCGAAGGUUUUAGAAAAACUCGUAUAUUAUCGAAUCUCAUGGUAUUUGGAGGAACAUGAUCUUUUUAACAACUAUCAGUAUGGUUUUCGUCAGAAUCGAUCAACGAAACAUGCUAUUACGAUCUUGAUAGAUGACGUAAGAACUGGUAUGGAUCAAGGUCAAUUGACUGGGUCAGUCUUUAUGGAUAUGCGUAAAGCUUUUGACACGGUAAACCAUGGUCGUCUUCUGGACAAACUACCAGCCUAUGGUAUUAAAGAUAUAGAAAUGAAUGGCUUAUAA